AUGAGGAUCGUGAUCACACUUGCUUCUAUAGUCCUACUUGCCGCUCUCGCAGGAGCACAAAAUGUUGCCACUACGACAGGAGUUCUAAAUAAUAUUUAUUCUAGAUGUGUUGAUAGUGACUCUAUGUUGUCCUGCGUGAAGCCAAAGAUCUUGUCUUAUCUGAGCGAUGCUGUUAAGCAAGAAAGACUUGCGAUUACGGAAGAUUUGGCGAUAGUUAAGUCACGAGAAGCUCCUGAAGAAAACCCCGAAGAAUAUUAUCCUACGAAAUACGACAUCGCUGAUCCAGCCAGAAGAGAACUUCUUAGAUCUUUGAUGCUCGAAAAGGUGGAUGCUUAUUUAUCCAGUCAUACUCUCGAGGCUAAACUACCAGAAGCAAUUGUUGGAUCGAACAUCGUACCGAGAUCUUUGGUUGACAGUGUACCAAAGUAUCUUAGCGUCCCACUCAGUGAUUCCUCCAAUGGACAAGGGCGUGGUUUCGUAAAGAAAGUGAUGAUUCCUUUCCUCUUGGGUCUCAAGUUCAAGGCCACCGCAUUAGUACCCCUUGCACUCGCUUUGAUCGCAAUGAAGACCUGGAAGGCUCUUACUCUCGGUCUUCUAUCAAUGGUUUUGAGCGGUGCAAUGAUGAUAUUCAAACUAACCAAGCCUAAGGUUGCUUAUGAAGUUGUUCAUUAUGGACAUCCUCCCGUAGAACAUCCACCUCACUGGGAUACUUCAGCCCAUGGACCAUACAGAGCCUACAGGAAGUAGGAACUCACUUUCCUUAUCUCGUUAGAUCGUUUAUUUAAUAUUUAUUCAUGCUACUCAACUACGUUUUAUUUAUGUUAAAUAAAAAAUUUUACAUUUUUUCAUCGAA